ACACAUAAACACACACACACACAUACAAGUGAAGUGAAGUGCAGCACCAACCACCAAUUAAGCACCAGCACCAUGCACCAAACGGCAUGGCAAACAUUGCAAGCCGUCGCCACAACCUUCCUCACUGCCUUAUCUUCAUCAAUUAAAGGCUCAGGCGUGUAGAUGGAAGCAUUAGAAGGAAGGCGAAAGAGAAACAACGGAGGAGGAUGAAGAAGAAAUGAGAAAUAGAAGCGGAAUAGGAGAAGGAGCCAAGGUGUAAUAUUUAAUCAACCUAGUGAAGGACAGCAAGACAGCACAGUAGAAGUGAAUACCUGGCCGGCUUGUCUUGGCAGUGAGAGGCAGUGAGGCAGUGAGUGUAGCAGCAUUGAGAGGCAGCUGGGGAGACACCAAAACAACGUGUAGUGAAGCUGUAGAACUGAGGAACCUGCCUGACAAGUUGGACAAGGUAAAAGGUCAGACUAAUCAAGAUGGAGGAACCACCGGCUAAGAAGAUGUGCCUGGCUUUCAGUGACAAGGAGUGCAGGGCCAUGAUAAAACACAUGAGCGCCUCUCUGUACCCUUUAUUCGCGUACCUUGGCCACCACACGAUCCUGGAGAAGAAGAAGGAGAAGUGGGAGGCAGUGGUGGAGGCUGUCAAUGAAGUGAGCAAGGUGAAGAGGAGCAGGCGGGAUGUAUGGCAGGAGUUUAUGAGGUUGAAGAAGGAGGUGCAUAGGAAGGAUAUUCUCAUUCGGAGGGAGGAGAGGAAGAUGGAGACGGCAAUGAGUAACGGGAAGGAGUACGACUCUUCCCGCAUGUUGAGGCUGAACAAGGUGGAGAAGGAAUUUGAGUGCCUGAUGGACUGGGCGAUGACAGAGGGGAUGGGGCGUUGCUUUGACAGAGCGGGACUGCCUCCAAACACCAACCCUUACUACAAUAUACUCUGGAGGUUUCUGAAUGAGGAAACCACUCUCCCAGAUGCAGAACCAAAGGCCCACUCAGAUUUAUCCACACAAUCUCCAGCUGGGACCACCACUACCACCACCACUACCUCCACAGCCGCCACAGCCUCUUCCGCAGCCUUCACUCCACCUGAGCACACCAUAGACACCACAGCAGAAGUGUGCACUGUGGAAACCAACGCAGACUUUGUGAAGAAGGAAGAGAUUUGUGACUAUGAGAAUGAUUACCUUGACUCGUAUGCGAAUGUUCCUCUAGAUUUGCACACACCCACCCAGAGUUUACAGGACACAGGAGGUGGAGGGGAGGCGGAUGUCAAAGAAGAAGUGGAAGACACGCACACCGACUGCAACACACCAGUGGAAGGCACACACACCACUGACAAUACACCAAUAGAAUAUACAAACGCCAAUAGCAUCAUACCACUGAAAGAUGCAAACUCCUACACCAAUACAACACUAGAAAACACACACGCCACUGACAAUACACCACUUAGGGACACAUACAGUCACACCAAUACACCACUGACAGACACAAGCAGCCACACCAACACACCACUGAUGUAUGCAAACACCAACACCAUCACUCCAGUGGAAGAUGCAGGCAACCACACCAGCAACACACCACUUGGAAACACACACACCAUUGACAACACAGCACUGACAGACACACACAACCACAGCAACACAGCAAUGACAGACACACACAGCCACACCAACACAGCACUAGAAUACACACACAACCACAGCAACACAGCAAUGACAGACACAAACAGCCACAGCAACUCACCAAUGAUAGACACACAUAGCCACAGCAACACACCACUGACAGACACAAACAGCUACAGCAACACAGCAAUGACAGACACAGACACCCACAGCAACACACCAAAAACAGACACAGACACCCACAGCAACACAGCGCUGACAGACACACACAGCCACAGCAACACACCAGCAGGAGGACUGAAUGUUGAAGGUCUAGGAAUGGAGAUAAAGGAGGAGCUGGAUGUGGUGAGGGAGAUAAUGAACGAGAUGUGUCAGUCACUCCACAACAUAAACAAGCUGACCAGAGUAAUUUCCGUGACCUUGAAACGACUGACGGCUACUCGUAAAUGUGUCAAACGGUAACUUGCUCAUUUAUUUAUUCAUUCCUUUUUUUUUUUUUUUUUUUUUUUAUAUCCGAAAUGCUUGGAUGUGUUGCCUCCAUUUUUGCCAACUUGUAACCCUUUCAUGGCAACACCAAACACUUUGUAGCAACACCAGAAGCAGGAAAAUAUCGAGGAAAAAGAAUCUGUUUUGUAAUUAUUUUUUUUUCCUGAGUUGAAAGAUUUAGUGUGAGUGUAAAGGUGAUGAAGGAAAGGUGGACCAAGUGGCUAGUAAAGGGUUAGGAUUAAGAAGAUCAGGUAUAAGUGAGUUUUUGGAGAGAGUUUUCAAAUUGUGAUUAAUUUUAAACCUUCCACAUCAAGAACUGUGAGAAAAAUUUGCAAGGACAGAAAGAGAGAGAGAAAUGAAAGAAACUAAUGACACUGAGUAGAGGGUUAAGAAUAGGAUGAUCAGGUAUAAGUGAGUUUUUGGAGAGAGUUUUCAAGUUGUGAUCAUUUAAACCUUCCAAAUCAAGAACUGGGAGAAGAGAAAGUAGCAAGAAAAGAAAGAAAGCGAAAGAAAUUAAAGAAACUAGUGUAACUGAAUAAAGGGUUAAGAACAGUGAGUGUUUGGAGGGAGUUUUCAAAUUGUGAUUAAUUAAACCUUCCACAUCAAGAACUGGGUGAAGAAAAAGUUGCAAAGACAGAAAGAGCGAGAAAAAUCAAAGAAACUAAUGACACAAUAAAGGGUUAAGAAUAGAAAGAUCAGGUGUGAGUUUUUGGAGAGUGUUUUCAAAUUGUGAUUAAUUUUAAACCUUCCACAUCAAGAACUGGGUGAAGAAAAAGUAACAAGGACAGAAAGAGCGAGAAAAGUUAAGGAAACUAAUGUAACUUAUGUUUUAACCACUCCAGUACCACGAUGUAUUUUCAUAUCCAUUCUGUUUUACUAUUUGGCUAUUUCAUACACCUUUAGAAACUUACAUGGGGGAUUAAAACUGUGAAGACUGGCCAUUAAUCCUCCAUAGAGUUUAUAAUGUAUAAAAAUUCUCUAAUCAUACCCAAAAUUCAUGGUAGAAGAAGCGUCCCAGUACUGAAGGAGUUAUGAUUUAUAUGUAAGAGACAAGUACAAAAUUAAGAGUAUAGAUUUACUGAUAAAAAUGUAAGGAAGGAUUGUGUAGUGGUGAAAGGGUUAAGGUUUAUAGAACAUGGGGAAAAAACACAACUAUUAGUAAGAGUUAAGGAUUACAGAUAAUUAAUAAUAAAAAAAAAAAAAAACAUG